GUACACAAUUCUGCGUCUCUCAUCUCCAACUGCAUCAUCGCUCACACUACUUUCACGCACAUAAUGCGCGCCAUCAAGGACUUCUGGAAGUCAAUCGAUUUCAAAACCAUGUCUAUCCACAGAUUUGUGCCUAUCAACCAAGACUAUUUCGUUUUCGAAACCGCAAUAUGGCGGUCGGAGGUCCGGAUUCGAGGCAGCGGGUUCUCAAGCAGCUGCGUAGAAGGUCUCCAGCAUUCGAAACGGCCUUUGUACUAUUCCAGAUUUUACCUGGCAGAGGGCGAUAGUAUAUCCCGCAUAGAGAUCUGCAAAGCGUAUGGGUACGCGAAAUACACAGUCAGCUAUUUUCAGGGCUUGGUGGACGCCAUGGAAGCCAAGUCAAAGGACGGAAGUUAUGAUAAGGACAUGCUGGGAGCUUUGGCUAUUCUUGAUGAAUACACUCCUUUUUUAGAUGAGCUUGAUCGCACUCUAUCCGUUCUGUACCAAUGGGAAACGCAACGUUUCAUCCCGGCCUACUGGCUUCCACUUCCACCCUUGCCCGAUUUGACUUUUGAGCCACCUCUCCCAGCCGAACAGUUGCCAAUCUACAGCACCGCAAAUGGAGAAAAUGACGAGCCAGCGAUGACUCCCUACUUUAUCUACAUUUGCCGACACCUCUUGCGUCUACAGAAACAAGGCAUAGACCGAAAGUGGUUCGACUUGUGGAAAGAGCUCGAACCCGACGAGCAGCUGUGGAUAUACAAGCUUGAGCCCCCUGACCAUCCGGUGCGGCCGUGGGACAUAGCUCUGCGGCCUGUUCCAGUGACAAGCGCGUCCGUCUAAUGGAGAUGUUUGAUGUACCAUGAAUGUGAUCUCAUACGUAUUAUUUGCAGGGCUAUUGCGGCGAGACCAAAGAGAAC